AUGGCCAUGGCCACUGCGAACCAGGACGGCGCCGCGACGUUCCACGACCAUCGCGGAGGUACAGCAGCGACGGAGCUCCACGGCCGGACGAUCUCCUCCGAGCAGGAGCACGGCAUCAUCGUCGCCGCGCUGCGGCACGUCGUGUCCGGGUACACCACGGCGCCGCCGGAGGUCGUCGUCGCCGUGGCGUGCGGGCGGUGCGGCAUCGACGGCUGCCUCGGGUGCGACUUCUUCGGGGCCACCGAGCCGGAGGCGGUGGCGGUGGCCGUACCCGUGGGAGGGGUGCAGAGGAAGCGGCGGAGGAAGAAGAACGUCUAUCGCGGCGUGCGGCAGCGGCCGUGGGGCAAGUGGGCGGCGGAGAUCCGCGACCCGCGCCGCGCGGUGCGCAAGUGGCUCGGGACCUUCGACACCGCCGAGGAUGCCGCGCGGGCGUACGACCUCGCCGCGCUCGAGUUCCGCGGCCCACGAGCCAGGCUCAACUUCCCGUGCUCCGACGAGCCUCUGCCUGGACACGGGAGCGACAAUGGUGGCGGUGGCACUGGCGCGGCGCCGCAGAACGAGACUCUGACGACGCCGUCGCCGUGCAGCACGGACGCCGGCCAGAGGACGCCGGGAGAAUGGCAGCUGGGUGCGGACGGAGCCGGCGACCAGGUGUGGGAAGGCUUGCAGGAUCUCAUGACGAUAGAUGGACAGGACCCAUGGUUCGCGCCAUUUUCGAGUCCAGCAUAA